AUGGCCAGCAAUGAUGAGAACUUCAAACAACAGAACGGUUUUACGGAGGAGGAUCUAGAAAAGUACAAGCAGAGCCUCCGGGAGCACAAUCUCGUGCUGUAUUAUGCUGCUCGUACCAAUGGUUUGCCUAGAAAUAACAUGGAAGAAAAGAUGGAGGAGUACCUCAAAAGGAAGGAGCAAGAACAGAAUUGGGCCAAAAACAAGAAGUGGAUGAUUAUAAGCCCCCUCCACACCACGGCCGAAUGUGCGGUUGAAGCUCAGUUCGACACGGGUGCAGACGCCAACUUCAUUACCGAAGGCAUGGUCCAGGAUCGCGGAUUAAAGAAAUCGAGGCUGAGCCUCGCACAGAAAGUCAACACUGCCGUCGGGGAGUUCGUGUGCGACUACGAAGUCAUGGUGAAUUGGCGGGGCCGGGACCGCGCCUACGGUCGCAUCCACUUCUUUGUCCUCCCGGACGGGGCCCGCAUCGACAAGCCACUGAUUGGGAAUGACUGGGCGGAGACCUACUGGGAGAUGCUACUGGACGAACCGCCCAAAGACACCGUGUACUACACUGCGCUGAAAAAAGAAAAGGCCAAAGAGAGAAUCGAUGGUGCUGAACUGCGCGCCGUGGUGCAGGGGGACCAAUCAAGGUUGCGGCACAACAAGGAGACCUAUGAGCAGAAGCAGGGAAGCCAGGCUCAGGGUUCUUCUUCGGGCCAGGAAGCCACACAGAGGAAACAAGCGAAACGCUGA